GUAAGUAACCAUGACAGCUGUGUUGUUGGUGGCGCUAGCGCUAGUAGCAUAGCCGCUCUAAACAGUCAACUUAAGCCAACUUGAGAGUAUUUACUGUGUAAAACCAGCCGCCUCGACAACGUAAAACAUGUUUUAUUCAGACGUAGCAACGUUAGGAAGUGUGUUUUUGAGGGAGUAACGAUGCUCCUGCGAGGCUACGUGUCAGCUAACCUUCAGCACGCAGCCGCGUUAGCAACAUUUGUGACGCUGGUGGAAAUGUCACGCCGUUUAAACUGUUCUCCGUGGGUUCAACAUGCGGGGACGGGAAGGGCCUGAGCGAGGGAAGGAGAAUGAUUUCACGCUACAACAGGAGACCGGUGUCGCACAAGCUGGAGAUCCGUGGGUUGUCUCGCAGCAGCCUCAACCACCACCCUCCCCCCGAGGAAGCAGACACCCAAAACCUUCAGUGCUCCCUCCAGGAUGUGGAGGAAGUCAUUACCAUCCGCCAUGGUUCCGAGACAUCCUGUGCCUCCAGCCCUUCUGACUGUCCCACGGGCAUCUCGGUGGCCUCCAGCCAGUCCUGGUCGGGCAUCCGCAGCUCAACUGGCACAGGCAUCUCCACCGAGAGGAGCUCUGUCUUCUCCUGGGGCUACGAUGAAUUCGACAAGGCGGCGUCACGACAAGUGCAGCAAAUGUUUGAGGAGAUCGACAAGCAGCUGUACGAGGGUGAAGGCAGCGGCGUAGGGAUAUUGCCGGGACUGCAGGACGAGUGUCAGCAGUGGGCCGAGCGCUUCCCACAUCUUCGGAUCCUGGGCACCCAGCUGGUGUGUCCCAGCGACGAAGGCUUCCAAUGGUACGAGGUCAGCAGCAGCAUCCCGUCAGUAUCCCAGAAGUCACCAGACAAAGAAGGCGGCAGCACAGAACUGAACGUGAAAGGCCGGAGCGCGGCGAUGCAGAAGUCCAACUCGGCCGAUCCGAACGGCUCCGGCGACAGGCCCCGAGUGAUCGAAGCGGAGGGCCACAUUGAGGAGUACCUGGCCUUUGACAGCAUCAGCCUGGAGGACGAGUGGAAGUGCUCCCAGCCAUGCCUGAGGCCCCGCUGCAUGCCUCCCGUCUCGCCCUACAGGUGUCGCCGUCAGGCUGUUCUCGACCACUUGUUCGACGACGUGUGGAGGCAGCUGGUGGGCUGCACCAGAGAGCUGGUCCAGCGCCAGUGGGAGGGCCAUGCCACCGAUGAUGAAAGGCCUUCUAGGCGCUUGAGUCCUCCGCCAUUGUUCGCCACACUGCCCGCCAUGCUGCCCAAGGUGAGGCAGAGCAGAGCGCCACCUUUGCCUACGCUCACUACCGGCCUGCAGUUCCAGAGGUCAAAGGGCUCAAAGCACAAGUCCCGAUGGAAAUCCAAAAAGCAGAAAAGGCCGACCAGUGCGGGAAAGGUUCAGCACAACCUGAAUGACCUCAUCACCAUCCACAGCAUCCCGCUGCAGCAGAGGAACCUGGCUGCGCUGGACAGAACCCAGGAGACGGAAGAGAGCGUCCCCUUGAGCCAGUCGCCCGUCGGCAAGCCUCGCACUCGCCGGGUUCUGGAGUAUAGCUCUUCGUCGUUGACCCGCCCACCUCAGUCGGCACGCCGCAGGAACCUUCCGCCCCGGACACUCCAGCCUCUGGCUCCCAGUCUGAGUCAGUCCAGCACAAUGGGAUCCAUGGAUGAGAUCAUUCGGGGCACUCGGCUACCGACGGCCAGCGACCGGCUGAUGUCUCCGUUGUUUGCACUGAGCAGGAACAUGCUCCUACCGCCCAUCGGCGCUGGCGAAGUGGGGUCGGAGCAGCAGCCCAAAGCUGCUCAGCGCCAGAAAGGCCUGUCGAGCCGGGCCCACAGCGCUGUAAAUGAUGAGGUUGCUAGUUCAAUUCCGAGGGAUCGUCUCUAUCCACUGGAUGUCUUCUCCCGCCCCAACACCACACACACAUACAGGUCGGACACGCCUUACCGCCGCUCCUUCACGGUGCUGGACAACAUCGGGCAGGGGAGGCCUGGUAGAGCCUCUGUCGCCACAGACUCCCUCGGGAUCGGUGUGACCGGCGUCAGCCUCGGCAUCGCCAGCUCGUCUUUCCUCGACUCGUUUUCCCACCACCACCCCCUGGGCCAUUGGCCAAUCAGGGACGAGGAGCUCCACGCCCCGCUCCCAGCUCCAGUGGUGCCCACGUCCGUCCCGCCUCGGUCUCACAGCCGGGGCGGCUUCUCAUCCAGACUCAGCAGACCUGGACUGUAGCGAAUGGCUUUAAAAGUCUCCAUGCACUUCAGCCACUCUUCUUUGUAUACAGCGGUCAAGUGGCCACCUUUUUUUUAAUUUUUAUUUUACAGAAACGCUUCACUAGAAAGGUCUAUUUUUGUAUUUUCAGUCAGCUCUGGCGGCUGCCAAAACAAACCAGCAACACUUCA